AAAACUCAUCGGUUGCUUCCUGACGUGUUUACUUGGUCAAGGAAGGCUGGUGUCAUCACAGCAAUCAUGGGGAGCACCAGCCCACAGGUCAAGAAUUUCAUCUGUCUCGCCUACGACUACCGGAGAAAAAAGACGGAUAAGAAUCUCUCUCAGCUUCAGAGACAGCUGCAGAUUUUAUCAGUGGUAAGUGACCUACAUGCCUUUGAGCCAACACGCAUGGAAACCCUAGAGUUCUAUGUCUGUCUGGAGCAGCUGUUAAGCUCAACUGAUGCCAGGUCACCUUUAUCCUGGAAGGUCAUAAGCCUCUUGGCUCACAUCUGCCGAUCGCCAACCAUACGCAUUGCUCUGAGAGAUGAAGUCAAGUUGGUGCCUAUCUUAAGUGAAUAUUUGAUUUCUUCAAAGUUAAGCAAAGAUAAAGCUGGCAAAACAUUACAGUUGCUUCAAGAAAUCUCUUACAGGAUAAAGAUUUCACGUGCUGAAGCAUGGGUGCUUCAUCUGGUGCCAAACUUGGUAGAAAUGAUGCUGGACAGUAGCAGUGGGGAUGACCUGCUUGAACCAGCUUUAACCACACUUGCAAAUCUCUGUCGUUCCAACCCCCCAGUCCUCACCUGCUUGCGGAAUAAUGGAACACAUAAGGAGCUAAUACAGAAGCUGCUUCAUAUGAAGAACCCCAAUAUAAACCUGCAGCUCCUCACAGCUGAACUAUUACUUUAUUUGGAGUUGGAGUUGCCCAGAUUAGAAAAUGAAAAUGCAUAUAUAGAACGUAUCUUGGGAUUGAUAUUUACGGCUGCUACAGAUGGUUUUGCUGAGAAUAACCUCUCAACCUUACGGCUGGCAGCAGACAUCUUUGGGGAACUCUCAUCCUUUCAUAAUUUAGAGGAGUCUAUUAGGGAGUACAAGAACUACACAACAAGCAUCCAGACACUCCUCAACUUUCUGAGUGAUGACAGUCCUGUAGAAUCAGUGGAGGUGCUUAUGGAGCUUCUGUUUUACAUAGUAGACAUGGGGCUGUCACAUUUGCAGAAGUUGCACGAGGACAUUUUCCUGAAAGCAGUGGCAUGGAUGCACUCAGAACGAUGUGGAAUUCCUGCAUUGCGUCUCAUAAAGAACAUUCUAAUCCACGGUGACGACUCUGUCAAUUCUGCACACAUUGAAGAUUUUCUCCAAGCAAUAACAAACUGCAAGAGUGCAACCAGAAGCUAGAUGAUGAACUGAAGAAAGGACGAAGAGAUCAUGAUGACUUACAGAAGGAGAUAGCAAAGCUUGAGAAAGGCCAGAGUCAGAUGAAGAAAGAGAAUUCGGAGCUAGAGCUGAUUAUUAGCAGCCAUGAGAAGACCCUGACAGAGAAGGAAAGUCAGCUGGAGGAAAUGACAAGGAAAUUCACAGAGUUGAAACGUAUUCAAGACAUGAUCCACAACAUAUCUGCUGGGAAACUGGUGUAGUUUUCAGAAGGGUUUAAAUAAGUGAUGGGAAGUAGGUUAAUAUGUAGUUUUAAGAAAACUGCUCUCCUUACACUCCUGCCCCCUAGGCAAGUUUUUGCUGCAAAAAUGUAAUUGAAGAUAUAAAAAGUAAAAUAACCAGUGUAAAUGAUUCAU